AUGUCUUCCCCAACUGCACAAUUCACAAUUCCUGCCAGUGAAGUUAUGACCUCAAUAGUGCUACCGACUAUUAUAUUUUGUAUUGGAUUAGUAGCGGCGAUGCUGCUCGGAAUAAAUAAAUGCAAACAGUGGGAGCUGGACAAAGUGGUGGAAAUGCGAAGGUCUCGGCGGGUCCUCCAGAGAGUUACCAAUCGGUUGAGAGAGAAGAAUUUUAAAACAAUACAAAGAGCUCGAACAAUGAGAAAACGGGCGGCAAGUGCAAAAGCGAGAACGGAAUUCUCUCCACCAGCUUAUCAAUCGAAGAAUAAUUCAGUAGAAUUCCCGCGGUCCAUUCCGGUGCCCAGCUCGCCUCGUCGUUACGUUCGGCAGCGCCCAAGAUGUCAGAAUCGGCGGGUCAGCAGAUCCAGUGUCAACACUUCUCAUCACACUCGUGGAUCUAUCCAUAUCGUUUAA